AUGCCUUCUCAACAACCACCUCGUAAGCGAUCAAGACAUGAAACGCCGUCAUCGUCAACAACAGCUGCGGCUGCACAGCAUCAAAAACAACAACAACAGCAGCAACAGCAGCAGCACCCGACGCAACAAACACAUCACCACGCAUCCUCAGGUCGUCCAUCACGCGUCAAGGGCCCCUGCCAGGCCUGCCAGGAGUCUUCUGACGGGUGUAUGCGCAAGGCAUUCAAUUGGCCCUUCCCAACCAGUUCGAUUUACAAUGACAAGGGUAAAAAGUUUGUUUACCUCUGCAACAAGUGUGGUCUAAGAUAUAACAAGAGUGGUGGAUGUGUCUGUCGCCAUUGUCGAUGGGUGUUCUGCAAAGAGGAGAAACGCAAGGCGAUGCAGCAUAUCGAGCAGAUGAUCCGUUCACGUCCUGACGGCAAGGUCGAUCCAGACGAAGACAUUGAGAACUUUGUAUGCACACCCAAAUACUGGACCUGCGGUCGACCGUGGAAGGUAGGUUGGGUCUUGCAAAACAUCGGCUCGACGAUGCCUGCAGACGAAGACGAUGACGAUAUGCACACUGCAUCAUCACCGUCCCUAUCUUCCUCGCCCUCGAUGGACUAA